AUGGGCGGUAAAAAGCACUCGUCCAAAACUCUCAUGAAGAAGGAUGCUAUGCAUCCAAAUUCACGCCAAGCAUUUCAACGGGCCCGCGUGGUGUUGCGGCAGAGACGCUUGAAUGAAGCCAAGUCGCUACGCAACCGCCAGCGUUCUGCAAAAGUCGACCGAAUCCUCACAUUUGUGCUUCUUCUUUCCGAGGACAAAACUCAUCUUCCUGAUCUAUACUCCUUCCAUGACUUUAUAUCCACGUUUUACUUGGGACGUCAUAACGACGAGCUUGAGGAGCUGAAGAAGGAGCAGCGUCCUGGCCGACCUAAAAGCAAGCGGCUUAUCGAGCUUGAGCAGCUGAUGGAAGCGGAGAAGCGAGAGUAUUAUGAAGGUAUGGAUGUUCCUGACCUCUGUAAUGAAACCAAUGUCGACUUGUUGCGGAAAUGGGAAGGCGAUCCACAAGGCAUCCCACUCUUCCGCUUUGUCCGUAUCAGCUCAUCCGACAGGGAUAUGUGUCGUGUUGUACAAGCAGGAACGCAUAAGGCUCUACAAGAAUCUAGCCUCUAG